AUGCCGGUAGGGAGCAGAGUAAAGUUGGCGCAGUUCCUUCCAUCUUCUAGGCCUGAUUCAAUUCAGUUUGCAACGGCACCGGGCAUCAAGACACCAGUUUCGUCUCUUCCUCCAUCUCCGCCUCUAUCCAGGCCUGUUCCCGCCUUCCCAACCUCAGUGCUACCUAAUCCCACCCGCCAUGUACGACAAGCGUCAGUUCUUUCCCCUUUCUCUCUCCCGUCUGCUGCCUCAAUCUGGAUCGAAUCCGUACUCACACCUUCCUUGCCGCCUGCUUUAGUCCAUAGUAGCCAAAACGCCGCAUCCCAGGCGGUGACUGCCAAGAAACAAAAGAGUCCCACUCUUGAGCCGCCGAGUUUGAAGCAGCACAGAGUCGAGGCAGUAGUAGCAACACCAGCUUAUUGGGAGACUGUUGAGGAUGAUGAUGACGCCGACGAUGAAUACUGGUCCGGGGAAGAGGACUUUGUCUUUGAAAUCAUGUCAGAAGAAGAGAUCCAAGAAAAAGCAGACAGGUUGCGCGAGGAAAUCCGUGUCGGUUUGUGUAACGGAUUGGUGUGGAAGCCAUCCUGCGUCAAGGACAACUCUUCGGUAAACGUCGAGGUCAAGGCUGAUCGCUACCAAGUCGCCAAUUGGGCGUUCGGGGGCAGCCGGAAUCCCACUGACGAGACGUGGGGAGCGAUGGACUACCCGACCGAAGUGGAAGUCUUCAACGAGGAUUUCGGCCCAAUUCGCAACCUUACCGGCUCCACACCUCUUGCGCUCACCGGGACCCAUGUUCGCAUAAACCUGUACCACGAGAGCUGGAACAUUAUGGAGUAUCCAUGGCAACAAACCAUUGCUGUCAUUGUCAGUGCCUCCUACGGCACACAUGAGGCUCGGGAUAGACUCCAAGACACGGAUGUCUGCCCGUCAGACCUAGAGGGUGUGUUUUCGUUUGAUGAGGACUACGCUUCUGUCAGUGGAGAAGACGAUGGUGAAGAGACCCAUCAUGAGGAGGAGACUGAAUCAACUGGGGAGCUGGACCCAUCUGUGCACUAG